UCGUCGUCGUCGUCGUCGUCGUCGUCGUCGUCGUCGUCGUCCUUAAACCAUCAGCGGCCCCCCCCUCCCCUCGCGUGGCCAUUUCGGCCCAAGGGUGUGUUUGAAGAUGCCGAAGGUGGAUGCGAGCAGCAGCAGCAGCUCCGAUUCUGAUGGCUCAAGUAGCUCGGACUCUAGCGGCGCGAAGGCCAAGAGGGGCAAGAAGAGAAAGGCGGAGUCGGGUGGAGGUAGUUCUGAAUCAGCAGACACCAGCAGCUCUGAUAGCGGGCAAGCUGGGAAGAAGGCGAACAAGAAGACCAAUAAGAGUAAGAAGAACCAGGGGAAGGCAUCCAAGGAUAAGUCUGGCAGGAAGAGCGCAAAGGGCGCGGACAAGAAGGGCGGCAAGAAGGACAAGAAGGCGAAGAAGAAGGCGAAGAAGAAGGCACGGAAAAAGGCGGAGAAGCUCCAGAGGAAGGUGGAUAAGGCCCUGAGGCGGGCGAGCAGGGCCGAGGAGCAGGCCAGGGAGUCCGCCCGGGAGCUGGCCCUCGGCUCCUACAGGAAGAGGGGCGCGGAGGGCACCGGCGCAGGCGUCGCGGAGGGGCCCCCGAAGAAGGCGAAGAAGGCGAAGAAGGCGGCGUCGCCAGGGCCCCGCGGCAGCUCCGAGGAGCGGGGGCGCCCCAGCACCUGCCGGCAGCGCGAGCCCGGAGCGGGGGCGCCCCGCGAGCGCGGGGCGGGCGCCCGCGAGCCCGCCGCAGCGGCGGGCCUCGCCCGCGGCGCCGGCCUGCCCGGCGCUCUGGCUGGCCCGGGCCUGGGGGCCGCGCGCUCGGAGAUCCUGGAGAUGGAGUGGAGCAGCCUCGCGGAGGGCCGCUACGAGAAGGGCUGGAGGUGCAACAGUUUCGGCGAGUGCGGCUCCGAGGGGUCUGCCUCCCGGUCCCGCUGGCGGUGGAACUGUCGGCGCUGCACCAGCGACUUCUGCGCCGCCUGCAGGGGAGAGCCCCCGGGCGGGGCCCCCGAGGAGGGCGACCCUUCGCCAGAGACGGCGUCCUCCUCCGAGGACGCGGCGCCGGAGGAGCACGCGGGCACGUCGUGCGCCGCCUGCGGCGCGGCCCCCAUCCGGGGGCCCCGCUUCGAGUGCUCCGCCUGCCGGGGCGUGAGCCUCUGCAGGAGGUGCUACAGGAAGAGGGACCGGGUGCACCCCCCAGGGCACCGCUUCUUCGCCAUGCGGGUGGUGCCCGCGGCCGCCGGCCGGCCAGAGGAGGCGCCCGCCGCCGCCGCCGCGGAGCCCAGCCCUGGCCCCGAGGAAGGCUUCGUCAUCGUGGCCCGCCAGGGCGGACCCGCGGCCGCGGCCGAGCCGGCCGCGGCCGAGCCGGCCGCGGCCGAGCCGGCCGCGGCCGAGCCGCCCGCGGCCGAGCCGCCCGCGGCCGAGCCGCCCGCGGCCGAGCCGCCCGCGGCCGAGCCGCCUGCGGCCCCGCAGGCGCACGGGGCCGCGGACGCCGCGGCGGCGCCCUCCGCGGCGGAGAUGCAGGCCAGGAUGGCCAACAUCGGCAAGGCGUACGUGCAGAGCUGGCGGCAGGAGGGGGUCCCUGGCGCGCUGGCCGGCCGGAAGGUUGCCGGGGCCCGCGUGCGCGAGGCCAAGGCCAAGGACGGGCCGCGGGAGGUGUGCCUCGUGCGCCACGCGCAGGCCCUGCACAACGCGAGGCGGGAGCACGUCGACACGCCGGACUGCCCCCUGACGGAGGAGGGCGUCUCGCAGUGCCGCGCGGCGAGGGAGUCGUGGGCAGCCCGCGUGCUCGCCUCCGCCGACCUCAUCGUGGUGUCGCCCCUGCGCCGCGCGCUGCAGACCGCCUACGAGCUGGCCGGGGGCGCGGCGGCGAGCGGCGACGGCCGCUUCCUGGUCACGCCGCUGUGCACGGAGCGCUGGUCUGCGAGGUGCGACGAGGGAACCGCCAAGGCCCGCCUGCUGUCGGAGCUGCCCUGGGCGAGCGGGUGGGGCGGGGUGGAGGAGCUGGAGGAGGAGUGGUGGCCGACCAGCCGCGACGGUGAGGCGGCCCGCAUCGGCGAGUUCAUCUCCUUCCUGCGGGCCCGCCCCGAGCGCAAGGUGGUGGUGAUCUCCCACGGGGGCCUCUUGGCCCACAUCGUGGGGUACAAGAUGAGCAACCUCAGCCACCGGACCGUGCGGACAGACGCCCUUCGGCUGACCAGACCGACCGCCAAGCUGCCUGGCAGGCGGCUGCCAGCGGGCGCCCAGUGCAGCCUCUGCCUCCACGCCGUCCAGGGCGCUGUCGCCGGCGCCGUCUGCAGCUACAGCCGGCCCGACGGCAGUGCGGGGGGCUGCGGCAAGGGCGUGUGCUGGCCCUGCAUGGCGCAGGCCUCCGCGGCGAUCUUCGGCAGGGCGCGCCUCAGCCGGGAGGACUGGAUCCUGCGCGGCGCCGGCGCGUGGUGGAUGCACGAGAGGUGCAUGACCGACGCCGACGCGAAGGCGUUCGCGAACGCCUCAGCGGCGGCGGAGCCUGCCGCGCAGGCAGCGAAGGCCGCCAGGCUCGCCGCCGACGCCGGCGGCGGCAAGGCUCUGGAGGCCUCGGGCGCGGACGCGGC